AGCUGCUGUCUGAUCUUGCGCGAGACUCUCAACACUGCGCCGUCUCAUCGCUGGCAUGCACAACAGCCGUCCCCAGUAUCACUACCACAUUCGCAAGCUAUGGCAGACAGGGGCUGCAGGUUGGGUACAACUCUGACUCUAUCCACCUGCAGCCCUACCCGCUCCGGUUCUGACCGACGCCGCGCUAACCAGGCUGUGUCUCUGCAGAGCGCCCGGAGGCUCCACUACAGCCCUCGUACGACUGGCUCCGCUGCUGUUCUUUCUCCACGACCAAGCAACAACCAGAGGCCGCAGGCAGACAAUAGCAGCAACGGUAGCGAUGGCAGCAGCGGCGCUCUUUGGCAGCAGCUGUCGAGGCAUCUGCCUCGGAGUAGGCACGGCGCGAUGCUAGUGACGAGCCGGAUAAGGCGCGCAGUGAUGCAGGCCGUCAAAGACAACGACAUCGUACCUGAUGAGCCGUCGGACGACUGCUUGUUUGCUUAAUUCAAGAGUUACUUGUGCCUUGAUUUGACUUGUUUGAACAUUCAACAUACAAGUUAGUUAGUAGGGUCUUCCCAGUCCUUCACUGCGUACUCGGUCUCUAUCUCAUCGUCUGUAAACAUUGCUACCUGCUUGCCACCUGGUGUUUUGAACCCUGCGCGAAUCCAGCUGUGCAGAGCUCGCAAAGCUGCCAGUAACUCAACGCCUAUUUUUGACGUGUUGGCUCAGGUAGAUCGCCCAACUCGCUGAACAUACGCUCCCAAUCGCAGCUGGA